AUAUCCGUGUGAAUGUGAGUGUGCCUUCCGUGUAAACGUCCGCCCAUCCCCUGCAGAACUAUAGUUCAUGCUGAUGCUGCACGGACCUAUUUGGCAGCGGGACCAGCGAGCAGCGGCAAGCAACUAUGGCUAAGAGUGAUGGAAGUGACUAUUUUAAAAAAACAAGCCUUUUUUGGGUCGUCUCCGUAACGUUCGGACUGGUGUAUUUCACCUGCAUGGUGUUUUCUCCUGAAAAAAUACCAUUCCAUCUCCUUGGCCCGUUUGGUACCUUCUGCAAACACCUUGUGGACAACUAUGCUGGCAUUAUGUACAAAGGGUGGUGGGCUACUGUAGCGAUCCAUGUCGUGGAGGCCUUGGUAUCAUUGAAACUGUGCAGAAAUAAAGGCAUCAACACGACAACCAGCUGCUUCUGGUUCUGCCAGACUUUAGUGUUCGGCUUCGCUUCUCUCGGUCUGCUCAUCAAGUACAACCCUGAACGACCCAAACAGCGCUGAAGACGACAUUUAGAGCGAGCGGAGAACAAUGUCUGCCUUUUCCUGGAAAUUGAAGUAACACAUUCAGUGUUUUCUAUCUUAAAUCAUGCUGUGAUCAUUCACUGUAUGUUUUCUAAUGCAGACAGUAGACUAUCCAUUUAAUAAUAAUAUAUAUACAUUAAAGCAAGCAUUCAGAGAGGUCUGCUAAAAAUUAAUGACAAGUUUUCAUACUUUUUUAAAAAGGAACUGCACUUUUUUUAAAUGUUGCCUACCAUUCACAAUCCUUAUGUGAGAUAAGCACACAUAUAUAUUAUAAGGCAUUCUAAAUAGUAAAUAAAUGUGAUCAAAAGUCAGCAAACAGUAGAGCCUAUGGUAGUUGCUGUAUUCUGCCAAAAGGUGCUUAAAAACAUCCAAACACCGCCAUUAAGGUUUUUAUACACACUAAGUAUAUAUGUAAUGUAGUAACAGGCACGUUCAUAACAACAUAAUUAAGUAUUUUGAUCAUUGUAAGCAUGAGAACCAACAAACAUAAUAAAACAUCACUUACUGUACAAUGUCUGCUGUCAUUAGGAUGCUGACUGUUAGGAUGUUGAUAUAUUCCCGUUUAAAUGAAGAAUGACUCAUAAUCUUUGCAAAGAAAAAAGGGGUGUGCAACCAAGCGUCUUUUCGUGUCGUUCUAGCCAUUUUCGGGUCUAAAUUGGAUGCCAAAAUUGACCAACUUGUUGGUUUACGUCCUCAUCCUUCUACUAUCGAGGUGAGAGGCAUUAUUUAUGAUCGGAAAUAAGUAGGAAAUGGAUGGAUGGAUAAACUUUCACGAGCUGCUAGACAAAGCCGUUCACCAGCCGACGAGCAGCAACAAGCUACUUAGCUCUCUAGGAUCAUUUAAAUAGUUUCUGUGUUUGCCUAUAAUAACAAUAUCACUAAUACUUGGUUUAUAUUCCGAUCACAAAAUGUAAAUUGAAUAUUGUCGGUGCUUUUUAAAACAUUUUUUACUGGGUUUUAUGGGCAGAAUAGAGGACCUCCCAUUGACUCCAUUGUAAAUUGACUUUUAUAUAUGUUUUAAGCAUUGGAAUGCAUUUAAAAAAAAAUACAUCCGUCUUCUUGUCUCAUUAUGAUUGUGAACAAUAGGCAGAAUUCCACAAAAGUGCAGUUCCCCUUUAAUGUUUACAUUCUGUUUGGAGCUCCUGCUGCAGUGUUGUACUUUUAAAAACACUAACACUUAAUAAAGCUCUUACAGUAAAACAA